GCAAACUGCUAUAUUAGGUUAAAGAUUUAAAUAAUAAAUAGGAUUAAUUAUGACUGAUGUGAAAAUUAAAGUAACAUUCGUUAUACCUAAACAUUGUAGCGACGAAAAUGAUUGUUCUGAAGACAUGCUUAUUGCCUAUACGACGUGUGAAAAUCACCGUGGAGGAGGCCUCCAAGCGCAGUGGGCGCAUGAGAAGUCCCUUACAGUUGAGCAACCACCCAUGAAGAAUGACAUUUUCGUGUUAUCAGAGUUUGAAGGAGAGCUCUAUGAAAAACUGAAGGCCACAAAGUGUCUAUUGGUUGGUCCCCGAUGCCUGUCCUGCUCUCUCACCGAGGGGAGCCCCAUCCCAUCCAAAGGGCAUCCCGUGUACACAGUAGCCAUGCGGGGCUUGAUUGUAACCCUCAGUGGACUUUCUAAGGAGGCAAAGACAAAUUUAAAACAGAAGAUAGAAUGGAUGGGUGGCACGUAUAGCGCGGUGUUGUCCUCGGAAACGACGUAUCUGAUCGCCAACAACGUUUUCUCCGACAAAUACAUAAAAGCAGCCGAACGCGGGAUCCCAGUAAUGAAAGACACCUGGAUCGCCGCAGUCUGGGACGCCUCACUAAAACUUGACAUCAACGGAUCCUCACCAGAGUUCAAUGCACACCGCCUGCCUCCGUUCGCCAACUUGCAAAUCACAACUUCGGGCCUGAAUAGUCACGACAAGAAGUUAAUAAUGAAACUAGUCAAUGCGAAUGGCGGGGAGUUUUCCAGGGUGUUCUUGAGUCAGACGACUGAUGUUUUGGUGUUGACCAAGGACUCCACAUCAAGUGAGAAAUACAAAGCCGCCAUAGAGUUUGGCAAAGUGUGCGUGACGCCUCACUGGAUAAAAGACUCGGCUGCGCUGGGGUUCGCGCUGCCUGUGUCGCGGUACAAAGUGACCUCCACUACCACAUCCUCGCCGGUCCGGGACCGGGCCGUGCCGGACAUGAGUUUAAAUCUCACAAGGAUAACUAAAGAAGGGAAACCUAGUAAUUUCGUUGACGAAAGCAAAAUGGCGGAUUCCAUGAUGUUGUCAGGAACCACAAAGUUCCAAGAGUCGAAGAGAGAUUCCAAUGUGGAUGAAAUUCAGAAAGCGUUGGAAGCAUUUGACGUAGCUGCCAUCAAAAAGGCUGGCCCUAUAUUUGACGGAUUUUGUAUUUGGGUGAGCGGUCUGGAUGGGACCCCUCGCGAGCGCGCAUGGGCGUGCGUAUCUAAAGCCGGAGGCACCAGGUACGACGGACCAAACUCCAGAGUGACCCAUGCGGUUUCAUGGGGUGCUGCGGCCACGGCCGCGGCGGCUGCGCUGCCCUCGGUGCCGGUCCUAUCCCCGUUGUGGCUCAUACGGAGCGUCGAGGCCGGGAGAGUGUUGGACGAGGCCGAGUUUCUCAUAAACACCGAGCCAGCCACACCGCGUAAAGCGAGUCAACCCCCCAUAGCCGCCGCUUCCCCUAUGAGCAAACGAACACUACAACUGUUACUACCCCCACCAGAGCCUAUAGUGGAGGAACAACCACAACGGGAUCAUAUAGUAGAUCAUUAUUUGAGCCAGCACCUGUCACAGCAACAAGCGGCCGAAUCGAGCAAAUCACCGGAACCGGAUAAGAAGGAGCCUUCUCGUAACGAUGACGACACGGCCGUCACGGUGUCAGGGUUCACACAGUCUGAAAAUAUAUUUAAAGAUUUAAUAUUCGAAGUGCAAGGCCUAGAAGAUGAGGCUAUCUGCGAGAUUGGAGCGGAAAUCCGAGCGGAGGGAGGGAUGCUAGCGGCGGCCGGGGCGGGCGGGACUCAUGUACUAGUACCCCUGGAUUUUGACCAUAACCAACUUGUUACUAAGAGUGCGGAAGCGGUUACUGUGUUCUGGGUGAAAGACUGCCUCUCCCGUCAAGAGCUGACGCCCAUCGAAUACUACCACCGUCCCGUCCACCUCAAGUCUCCGGCCUCCAACCCGCUCCACGGAGUCGUGGCGAGUUUGAGCACCUACAGCGGCGUCGAACGGGCCUUCUUAGACGAACUGGCGAAGCUGUGUGGUGCUGCCAUGCAGCAACGCUUCUGCCGGCGCAGUAACAACAGUGCGCUCGCCUCCACCCACCUCGUCUGUCCCGAGCCCACUGGCGCCAAGUACACCGCCGCCAGAAAGUGGGGGGUCCCUGUGGUCCGGGCUAGCUGGCUGCUGGCCUGCGCCGAGAGGGGGGUUAGGGUCGACGAGGCGGAGCAUUCCGUAGACCAAGAGGCUGCAGAGAGUAUUCUAUCUAGGUAUCUAUCUAAUAUUUUGGCUUGUGCCAAGAGCUGUGUUAGGCUGGACGGCGCCAAGUACACCGCCGCGAGGAAGUGGGGGGUCCCUGUGGUCCGGGCUAGCUGGCUGCUGGCCUGCGCCGAGAGGGGGGUUAGGGUCGACGAGGCGGAGCAUUCCGUAGACCAAGAGCCUGCAGACUGCGCGAUCUUCCCCCAUCCGGACUACAUGCCCGAGCCAUCGGAGUCUAGCGGCCUUCGAUUGGAGAAUCGAAGGCCGCGAGAAUCGAAGAAUGUUUUGGCUUUUGCCGAGAGCUGUGUUAGGCUGGACGGCGCCAAGUACGCCGCCGCCAGAAAGUGGGGGGUGCCUGUGGUCCGAGCUAGUUGGCUGCUGGCCUGCGCCGAGAAGGGGGUUAGGGUCGACGAGGCGGAGCAUUCCGUAGACCAAGAGGCUGCAGAUCCAUCUCACGUUCAGCAGAACGCACUAAACGCACCACCACAGACACCUGAACCGAAAAAGAAUAUCUCUCAACCCGAAGAAAGAACAACAGAACCACAAACCAAAAUAACCGAACCGAAACCGAAAACACCGGAACCGGAAAUAAUAGAAACGAGAGCCACAACCCCAGAACCGAAAAGAAAACCGAAGAGUAAGACACCCGAGCCUCAAGAUUUAGAUGCAAAUAUGGUUGACGUUGAACAGAUGUUGCCUUCAGAUGUUGGUACUGCCGUGUCGCCGCGGCAGACCAAGAAGAAGUUUAAGAUCAAUACUAACAAAAACGAACAAUUUGAGGGGAUGUCCCCCGCGUCACGGUUCAUAGCCAUGCGUCGUAUGGGUAUGUUCAGCGACCACGAGGACAGCUCGAAGGAAAACACGCCGAAGAGACCCGACAACGAGUCUGACACCUCCCUUCAAGACGGUCAGAACGUAGGGACCCCGUCCAUAGACGAGGUCCUUUCCAGCCCUAAUCUAAAAGGCUUCAGUCCGAAUACGAGGAGGAAACUGCAGGCUAUAAGGAGGGGCGAAAUACCUGAUGAGCCUAUCAAGACGCCUAAUAAUCCAUUCGACAAGAAGAUCCCGACUCCAGACAGCGACUUCGGCGCAGCGCUCCGCCCCGGCCGCAAACGGAUGUCCGUCGAUGCGCGCAAGCUGCUAUGGGAGUUCGUAGACGGAUUACCCACUAACGAAUCCCGCAGUGAUACGGAAACUCCGCCAUCUAAAAUGGCCAAAUUUACUGAAGAUCAGUGUGCCGGCGGAGCAAGGAUAUCAGACGUCCAGACAACUCCUCUAGCGCCCAAACCAGAAGAUUCUCGGCCCAGCGUGGUUCCGUUAGAAGUAGACGAACAGCUACAGCGCCUCAAUGUGGUGCUCACUGGGAGGCGGACUCCUCGGCGCGCUAGCAGGGCGCAGCCGCUGCCAGAGAAGCCUGCAGAUAUGGAGUACGAAUCAGGACCAGAGUCCCAACCUAACACAGUCGGCUGGGACGACACAACACCAUCGCAAAAGGAAUCUUUCGAAACCAGCAAACCCCAUACCAACGUUACUUUAGACAAUCAUAAAACUAAAAGUUAUAUAGAACCAAUAGGAAAGGAUAAUGAAGAUAGUAAUAGAAAUAUAGAAUCAAAAGGAAAUAUGAAGAAUGUGGAAGUGAAUGCUUCGAAUAGUGUUUUAAAAGUAGAUAAAGCAGUGGAAGCUAGGAGAGAAGAAAAGAAAACGAUUAGGAGAUUUAUGCUGUCUUCGAAUGUUGACAAUCGGGAGGAAACAGUAGAAAUGAUCCUCCGCCUCGGGGGCUUGGUGACCGACCUCGACGACGAGGAUUCCGGACCACCGGGCACUCAGGCCACGCACCUGCUCUGCUGCGCGCCGGCCCGGAGCCAGCGCGUGCUGAACUGCAUAGCCAGCGGCUGCUGGGUGCUGCACCCCGCUUAUGUGGCCAGGAGCGCCGCCCAUGGCACAUUUUUGCCGGAGGAAAACUUCGAAUGGGGCAACCCCAUAGCAACCUGCCUCCCGCCGGUCACCGGCGGCGAACGAGUGCUCGCCCUCGCCGCCCACCGCUGGCGAACCAGGCGCGCGCGGGGGCAACCCGGGCCUUUUGCUGGAGUCAUAGCUCUGUUGCACGCGCCUGAGCAGAGGAGGAAACUGCUGGCGAGAUUGGUGAAGGCUGGAGAAGGGAGUGUUGUGGAUGAGGAACCCCCAUAUACCGACGAAACUAUCAACGUCUGCUUCGCCGACCCGAAGCGUUACCCGAUGAAAGAGCGAGACAGGGCAUGGCUCGUAUCUCGUCGCGUCCCUGUCUGCGCCUCCAUACUUCUUAGCGCGUUUCUGACUGAAGAGAAUCGUCCGGAUUUGAACCAACACUGUUUACCUGAGUUUAGCCAGUAGCCCCAGAUAAGCAUGCCAUAUGGAAAAUUAUUUUGAGCAUAACUAUAAUACCAUAGGUCCUUGCUUGUAUUUCACUCUAUGGCUAACUAAAGAGGUAAAUAUAUGCAAUUUUCGGAUUUAUUGUAAGGCUAACCCAAAUUGGGAGUAACCUAAUUUAUUUGCACUUGACUGAUAUCAAAUAUUUUGUUUAAAUAACUUGUUGGUAAGGUGAGAGUUGUGUAGUUAUUUUUUGGCCAGUUUAGACCAGGGGGACGAUUUUUGAGAUUCGACCACUCGAUUUCGUGUAUUUCGUUAAAUGAUAUCUCCACUACUAGGCGUUUAAAUUAUACUAAUAGAAUGGAAAUCGAGUGGUCAAUACCACUAGAUUCCAAAUUUCGAUCGCUCGUAUUUCAAAACACGAAAUCGUUUUCGGUCGCUCGUUUUUCAUUUCGCUGUUUUUCACCGAUUUUCGAGUGACGAAAUCGAGCGAUCGAAAUUCAAAAAUCGGCCCCCUGGCUACUAUUAAGAAAAAUGUGAAAAUAGCGUAGAAUUGUGGUCAUGAUGAAGAAUGAAAAUGUGUCACUUUAUUAAGAUGUCGUUACAAAAUGACCCGUUAAAAUUGCUCUUGAGGGUGCAUUCCCUUUUGUCCACGCCUUACGUGUCCGCCGCCGUCUCAGAGCAUUUAAUAACUGGAGUCGCCUUUAAGAGCUUACCUCUCUGCCGAAAAACUUGCACAAUUGUGCAAAUUUUUGUAUGGACUGACAUACGUUACGUGCAAAUCAUGUAGAAAUAGCAAUACAUUUGACGUCUCCUGACCUGACAAAAUGACAGCGAUGACGUCUCCAGUUGCUACAUGCUCUAA